AUGAGCACAUACACCAUAACCAAACAGAUCCCCAGCGCAGGUACUAUUACUGUCAAGAAUAACACUGAGAACCGAAGUGAAACUUUAUCAGGGACACAGAAUCAUGGUCUGAUGUAUGUAAACACUGCUUUCACCAUACUGUACCUCUUCCUUCUAGUUUUCUUCACCGACGUCUAUCUGAUCUCGAGAUACAAGAGUGUCAUGACCAUGACCGAUUAUAUUAUCAUCAACGUGUAUAUCGCCAUCUGUUUGAAAUUUUCAAUAUUAAAUUUGUUGAAAAAGGAAAAGAAGAUAAUGAAAAAUUUAAACAAUUUGCAAAUAAUUUCAAUCGUCUCAUUAUUGUAUUAUAUCUAUUACGAUAAUAUAUUUUAUUUCAAAGUACUAUCAUUAUUAAUAUUCUGCAUAAAUUUGUUGAUUCAGUCCAUAUCCAUCGACCAAGUUAACUUAUCGACUUCGAUAACGAUAAUUUAUUUUUUACCAUUAGUAUCAAAUAAUAGGGUAGAUUCAAACUUAUUAACAUUGGAAAUUCUACUUAACUGUGUUACAUUAAGCUUAAAUUUCAGUAACUCUAAAUUGGUCGUAAAAAAUUUCGUCAUUAAUUCUACGAAUUUACUUCAUUUAUUGGUGAUUAUCAGAUCAUUUACCAAGAUUCAUAAUUAG